CUUUCGCAAUGGGUAAAGGUCGUCGCAUGAAAAAGCAGGGCCCUCCGGCCCCGCUGGAUGAGUCGAAAAUUACGAUGCUUAAGAAACGCAAGACCGGCGACGCACCUGCGGAAUCAAAGGCGGAAGCAGGCAAGAAGCGAAGACGCACCGAUGUUGAGGAUGAUGGCGUGAAGGACAUGCAGAUCAAGGCAAAGAAGAAUAAGGCAAAUGGAGUUGUCAAUGGGAAAGAGAAGGAGAAAAAGGCUGCUACUGCUGUUACGGCUACUGCGAAGAAUAAGAAAAAGAAGCAGCCGGAGCCCGAGCCGGAACCCGAGUCAGAGGAUGAGUGGGAGGAUGAGGACGAAGAGAUGUCGAAUAUUGAUGAUGGUGAGGAGAUGAGUCAGGACGAAUUUGAUGAUCUGGAUGGUGUCAGCGAUGGCUCCAUGGAUAGCCAGGGCGAGGGCGAGUUCGGGUUUGGGAGCGACGACGACUCAGAUUCCGUGGUGGAUUCAGACGAGGACGAUCACCCACGGCAAACUAUGUUCUCUGACGACGAGGAUCUUUCGGAUGCGGAGGAAAAGCUGACCGCGGCUAACAUUGAAGGUCUAUCUCGAAAGCUGGACGAACAGAGGCAGAUGGAAGAGGAGGAGGCGGAGCUUGAAAUGCAGGAAUCUGCGAUGCAGACCAACAUUGCCGGAGACCGUCCGGAUGUUUUCGAGGGCAUAGAGGGAGAAGGACUGGCUCCAAACCUCCAGCUGCUCCGGACAAGGAUCACCGAGACGAUCCGCAUCUUGGGCGAUCUAAAGACCCUAGGUCAGCCUGGGAAGUCCCGCGCCGAUUAUACCCAGCUGCUUCUCAACGACAUCUGCACAUACUAUGGAUACACGCCGUUCCUCGCCGAAAAGCUAUUCAAUCUGUUCACACCAAUGGAAGCAUUUGCCUUCUUUGAGGCCAACGAAACACCUCGUCCCGUCGUCAUCCGUACCAACACCCUCCGCACGAACCGAAGAUCUCUCGCCCAAGCUUUAAUCAAUCGAGGUGUUGUCCUCGAGCCCGUCGGAAAGUGGUCCAAGGUCGGUCUGCAGGUCUUCGAGUCCGCAGUUCCCCUCGGUGCCACCCCAGAAUACCUUGCAGGUCACUACAUCCUCCAAGCCGCCUCCUCAUUCCUCCCCGUCAUGGCGCUCGCCCCUCAAGAGAACGAACGAAUCCUCGAUAUGGCCUCCGCCCCUGGUGGUAAAACCACCUACAUCUCCGCUCUGAUGCGCAAUACUGGCUGCGUCAUCGCUAACGACGCGAGCAAGCCCCGUGCAAAGGGUCUUAUUGGUAACAUCCACCGCCUCGGGUGCAAAAACACCAUCGUCACGAACCUUGACGCCCGCACAGCUUUUCCCAAGGCCAUGGGCGGUUUUGACCGUGUCCUUCUCGAUGCUCCCUGCACAGGUACAGGCGUUAUUGCUAAAGACCCUAGCGUCAAGACCAACAAGAACGAGCGUGACUUCCUCGCAAUUCCACACAUGCAGCGCCAGCUCCUCCUCGCGGCGAUUGACUCCGUCAAUCACGCUUCCAAAACCGGCGGCUAUAUUGUCUAUUCCACUUGCAGUGUGACAGUCGAGGAGAACGAGGCUGUUGUCCAGUACGUUCUCAAGAAGCGGCCUAACGUCAAGCUCGUCGAGACUGGACUUGGCGAUUUCGGUUCACCAGGCUUCACUCACUAUAUGGGCAAGCACUUCGACGCGAAGAUGACGAUGACGAGACGCUACUUCCCGCACCGCGAGAACGUCGAUGGGUUUUUCGUCUGUAAGCUGAAGAAGAUUGGUCCUACGCCGGUGCAGAAGCCCGGUGAAAAGGAUUCCAGCAUCUCCACCAGCAAGCCCAAGUCCUCUACUGCGACGACAGACGGCGAACAAGCAGUCGACAAGACCCCCGUUACUGAUGAAGACGGAACUACCCCAGGAGACGACUUCGGCCCCUUCGACGAAAACGAGGAGGAAGAUAGGGAACGCAUCUUGCGCGCAGAACGGAACCGUCUUCGCCGCAAAGGCCUUAACCCCAAGGGUGUACUAAACAAGCCCAAGAAGACAGCAACCCCGAAGACAGCGAUCGAAUCCGAGUCAACGACGAAGUCCCAGAAAUCCGAGGACUCAAGCGCUGAUAAGUCUCAGCCACAACCCCAGCGGGAGGAGCAAGACGAGUCCAAGAAAGAGAAGAAGAAGAAGCCCAUUACAAAGACACAAGAAGAUACCGCCGUUGUAUCUUCGACCCCGCCCUCUAACCAGGAGCAAGAAAAGCAGCAGGGCAAGUCAAAGUCUUUAAAGCAGUCUACUAGCCCAGGAAAGGAGAAGGCGAAGGAGAAGAGCAAGGGUUCGGGGAAAGCUAAGGGGAAAGGAAAUAAAUGAAGGGACGGGCUGAGUUUAUCCUAAUCCACAUUCGUAUAAGUAAUGUGUCUGUAUAUGGUUCUUUCAAGCAUGAUCAUCAAAUAAAAAGCAUA